GAUCAGAUUUCUUGAUGACGUAACGCAAGGCUGUGUGUUUUUGCAGCUGGAUAGGACAUCCCUCAUCAGAAACGCGCUGUCAUGUUUCACAGUAACCACAUUAACCAUUAGCCAGCAGAGCACACGCGUUUUUUUAGUCACACUGUGUCCUCGUGGACCUUUUUUUUUGUCAGGUAGAUAUUUUAUUAUUACCAGCUCUUACCUCCUGCUGCUGCAGCUCACAGACACUCGGCUCUCCUCCAGCCCAGCCCGCGACUGCUUCUCCCCACACAGCCUGUUAUUUUUAUUUUAUUUUUUUUAUUAUUAACUUUAAAUUUGCAAUCAUGGGUAUCAAUAAGACGUACAUGAGGAUCGCCUAUGCUUCGUUUGGUACGAUCGUGGGCUUUUCAACCUUUCUGGUGUGGAACUUCGUGUACAAUCAGCCUUGGACUGGAGCCAUGGGGGGACUGUCAGGUGUGUUGGCACUCUGGACCCUGAUCACUCACAUCAUGUACCUGCAGGACUACUGGCGGACCUGGCUGAAAGGCCUCAGGUUUUUCAUGCUCAUUGGGAUUUUCUUCUCUCUGCUGGCACUCGCAAGCUUCGUUGUUUUCCUGGGCAUUGGCGCCCUAUACAAAGACACCUUCACUGACCCUCAGAGCUUCUACCUGUCCUGUGUGUGGAGCGUCAUGACCCUGAAAUGGUCCUUCAUGCUCACCCACACUGCUGAACAAUACCGCACUGAGUUUGAGGACAUCGGUAUCCUCAGUGACUUCUGAGGGAAAGUCCUGCAUCUUACAGAAGAUGCACAGACUUUGCUCUCACAGUGUGGAGCUGAUGGAGGAGUAAAAAAAUAAACCAGCAGUGCUUUUUUUCUUUUCUUUAUGCAGAGCAUCAUGACCUUGAACAGGGUCUCCACGUCACCACGUACUGGUUCAUUUUUAAUUCUGAGCAGGAUUUUUCGCUGACUUCUAAACUUUUCUGAUAAAUCCAGCUCCGUUUUAUACGAGCCCAGAUAGAUUUUAUUUUCUUACUUUUUCGUUCACCCCUGAAUCUACACAGUGUCCUCUUGGUAAAACAUUUCUAGAAUAUGAUCAAAUUUUUAACCACAUCGCAGUUAAAGAACUUGUUGCAAAUUUACCGACUCUUCUGUGAAAACCUUCAGUUCAACGCUGCAGCCACUAGGGGGUAUCCCUCUUCCAGAUAUAAAUGUACAGUUCAUGGGCGUUUCUUAUCGUUCCAUCUGUGUGAUAUUUCUAUUUAAGAUGGGUUUUUUUUUUUUACUAGCUUACAGGUUGUACAUUGAGUAAUCAAAUGACAAAAUCGGAUCACAAAGCACCGGUCCCUUGAUGUACAGUGAUUUAAAGCUGAUAUACAUUCACACACUGCUUUAAAAGUGCGUCGAGGCCUUAUUGAAGGCAGGUAAGCCUGAAAUCCUUCAUCAUUUAGGCUUUCCUGUGAAAUUCCAAAUAAGCACCAAUGUAUUGGUACUGUAUGUUUCUGAACUUUGAACCAGCAUUUUUAUUGUAUGAGUGAUUUUUUUUAUUUGAUUUUAUUUUUUGUCUGUGUGACAAAAAGGCGAAACGGGCAUUCAUUGGGCUGUGAUGACACUGUUAUGCACACUUAAGUAAUCAAGUUACUUUGUUUUAUAUCAUCCAUGUGAAACCCGAUUAUGGACAUUUAUAUUGUAAGGUGAGUCUGGAAACUUUGUGCAUCCGCAUGUAUCAUUUGACUGAAUGUAGGUGUGUGUGUGUUUGUGCAGGAGUGUCUCUAAGAGUGCUGUUAAUAAAGUCUGAAAAUGUG